AUGUCCAUCCAUCACUUGCAGGUUAUCUUUUACGAAGACAGGAACUUCCAGGGCCGUCACUAUGAGUGCAAUAGUGACUGUCCAGAGAUGCAAAACCACUUCAGCCGCUGCAACUCAAUAAGAGUGGACGGUGGUUGUUGGGUGGCCUACGAGAAGCCCAACUACGGCGGCUACCAGUACAUGCUGCACAAGGGCGAGUACCCCGACUACCAACGCUGGGCGGGCUUCAAUGACUGCAUCCGCUCCUGCCGUAUGGUGCCACCUUACAACGGGAACUACAGGAUGAAGAUCUUUGAGAGGUCUGACUUCGGGGGUCAGAAUCACGAGCUAAGUGACGACUGCCCAGAUCUAAAUGAGCGUUUCCACACCCGUGACAUCUCCUCUGCCAACGUCAUGGAGGGCUACUGGAUGCUGCACGAACACCCCAACUACAGGGGACGCCAGUACUUCCUGCGUCCUGGAGAGUACAGGAGGCACAGCGAGUGGGGAAGCAACAGCCCCACCAUCGGCUCUCUGAAACGUGUCACUGAGCUCAACUGA